CAACUGAAUGAUGGCGUACUACUGCAAUCAAAAAGCUGCUUUAGUGACUCUUCAACUAUAUAGCACAUUUUCGCCGGGAACUCGGUCUUUGUGAUGAUGUCGGCAGAUUACGAAGAGAGACCCAGAGACAAUGGCCCCGAGGGUAUGGAGCCAGAUGGAAUCAUUGAGAGCAACUGGAAUGAGAUUGUGGACAGCUUCGAUGAGAUGAACCUGCGUGAGACUCUGCUCAGAGGAAUCUACGCAUACGGUUUUGAAAAGCCCUCUGCCAUUCAGCAGCGGGCAAUUCUCCCUUGUAUCAAGGGUUAUGAUGUGAUUGCACAAGCCCAGUCGGGCACAGGGAAGACUGCCACCUUUGCCAUCUCCAUUCUGCAGCAGAUUGAUAUCGAACUGAAGGCUACUCAGGCCUUGGUCCUGGCUCCCACCAGAGAGCUGGCUCAGCAGAUUCAGAAGGUUGUCCUGGCCCUCGGUGAUUAUAUGGGUGCAUCGUGCCACGCCUGCAUUGGGGGCACAAACGUGCGUAAUGAGGUGCAGAAGCUCCAGGCAGAGGCACCCCAUAUAGUGGUGGGCACCCCCGGCCGCGUCUUUGACAUGCUCAACCGCAAAUUCCUCUCUGCGAAGUACAUCAAGAUGUUUGUUCUGGAUGAGGCAGAUGAGAUGCUGAGUCGAGGGUUCAAGGACCAGAUCUACGAGAUUUUCCAGAAGCUUGGCAGUGACACACAGGUGGUGCUCUUGUCUGCCACAAUGCCAAAAGAUGUGCUGGAGGUCACAAAGAAGUUCAUGCGCGAACCGAUCCGUAUUCUGGUGAAGAAGGAGGAGUUGACCCUGGAGGGUAUCCGACAGUUUUACAUCAAUGUGGAGAAGGAGGAAUGGAAGCUGGACACUCUCUGUGACCUGUACGAGACCCUGACCAUCACUCAGGCUGUGAUCUUCAUCAACACUCGCCGGAAGGUCGACUGGCUCACUGAGAAAAUGCACGCGCGAGACUUCACCGUCUCUGCCCUGCAUGGAGAUAUGGACCAGAAGGAGCGGGAUCUGAUCAUGAGGGAAUUUCGCUCAGGCUCCAGCAGAGUUCUCAUCACCACUGACCUACUGGCCAGAGGAAUUGAUGUACAGCAGGUAUCCCUGGUGAUCAAUUAUGACCUACCGACCAACCGUGAAAACUACAUUCACAGGAUUGGCCGAGGGGGCCGUUUUGGCAGAAAGGGGGUCGCCAUCAACAUGGUGACAGAGGAUGACAAGCGUACGCUUCGGGACAUUGAGACCUUCUACAACACCACCGUGGAAGAGAUGCCUAUGAAUGUGGCUGACCUGAUCUAGACAUCUCACCACCCAAGACCCCCCCCUUCAACACACACACAUUGUUAAAUUUCACCAAACCCUCCCUCUAUGUACCUUACUUUUAUGAUAAAUUGGGGAAGGAGACGCGAUAAAUUAACCCUCUUGGGAUGGGGCUACAAGGCUAUAGCCCCCGCUGUUACAGUAUAGCCACUUAAUAAAAUCCGCAGUUCUCCAGACUUGUGGUGCUUGGGCCACCCUGUCCUUUUGCCCUGUUGAUUGUGGUUCAUCCAUUAUUCCAUAGCCCACUACCUGCACAGGCUUUUUGCUAAACUCUGAACACCCCCCCCUUCUGAUGCAUUAAGGUCCUGCACUUUCAGCUGUUGGAGCACUUAAACUCCAGGUGGUGCAAAGGAAAUGAACUGCAUUAUACGGCAGUAACAUCACUUCGUUGACAACACUGCUGUACCAGUGUCCCUUUUUUCUCUCCAUUUAUUAUUUUCUCAAAUGGAUAUGUUGCUGUUACAGCUCUGAAAAAAAAUGCAGUUUUGUGAUGGAACGUGAUCACUAUAAUUUUAUGAUAAUGCAGUAUGGAUGUUUUUAUAGUAUUCAAUUAAUAAAACGGUACAUUUGUAAUACCUGUUGAACUACAGCCCUUGAUAUUUAUCUUUGGCUACAUGGGACAAUAACAUGACAAGCAGUAUCAAGCUUGCCCAGAGACAUGGAGCAAAGCAUGUACAAGGCACAAUGUCCCAUGGGACAAAGCAGGUUCUAUUUUUCAACCUAAGAUUGAAUUGACAGUUGAUGCAUGUAAGAAUGGUGCAAUUCUGUGUGGUGUGUUCACAUGUAGAAAUGGAGAAUAGUUCAGUACUGAGCAGCUAUUUUUUCUAUGACUAUAUUUCAAAUAUUGAUGGUAUUAGCAAAAUAUUCAAGGAGUUUCCUGGUUUUUUUUGUGCUGGAAAAGGCUCAAGACAAAGUGCUGGAAUGUGGGUGUGAAGCAGUUGCUGAGGAUGUGCCAGUCACUUUGCCAGUGUAUCGUGUUCAUUGAUUUUAGCUGAAGCAAGAAAGUACUGAAUGGAAACUUUUUUUUUUAAUAACCAAUGUCCCAGGGUGAAAUUGAUACAGCAUUCAAUGUAAUAUUAAACUUGAUGGACUCUGCUCACUAGAGGAUAGUAUAUUUGGUGAUCCAUCUCCUGAACCAAUUUUAUCGAGGCUUUGUGGAGCAAUAUUUCUACAUGCAGUGGGAGGAUCUGGAGUUUUAUUUGGACUCAAAAGAUUUGUUGGACUUGUAUAUCAACCACGUAUGGAUAAGUAUUCCACUAAAAUACAUUUAUUUCAUGAAUUUCAAACUUUCAGUUCUUCCAAAUUUAGGCCUGUGCAUCUUUGAUCAAAUUGCAAGUGAACAAAGAAACCAUAAAUUGGUAAUUUCCCGUUUUGUAGCAAGGUUGUGCUGUUGUAUUUGUGUAUGAAUAAGGGGGGGGGGGGGGUAGCAGAGAAAUAUGAGCCAAUAAUAGGAAAGCAUAAAUCACUGUUUCCAAACUUGCUCAUGUGGUUGGAUGUUGUGCGUGUUUUGCAUUGAGGAUGAGUAUGAAACAUUGCUCAACUACAGGGCACUGUACAUGAAAUGGGGUGUGUCAUUUUUGUAACCUACCUCAGUAUGACAGGAUAUUGUAGGGGGUGUCUUCUGCUGUAAGGACCAAAUUGAACUGAGUACUGAGAGGCUGUCUGCUCAUUCUGUGUUUAGAGGAAAAUGCCUUGGAGGAGUAAAGGCUAGGGCCAGAAAGUUAGGUUUUUGUCUUUUUUUUUUAGAUUUAUUAUU